CAGAUGCCACUGGUGUAUUCAAGGGGUGUGGAGGCUGGGGGUUGUUUAAAAUACAAAAGGGACUGUUUUUUCCACUGUACUGUUCCUGCUUCUCCUCCAGGAAUGCAUAAUUUUCAAAUACUGCUGCUACCUUUGUUCCUGAACUGAGGAACAGCAGCACCCAUUCCUAAACCAACUCACCUAUCACAUUGAUGAGCUGACAUAUUCCUCCUAAAUAUGGUUUACAUUAUCUUCAUAUGAUUUUUUUUCUCAUUUUCCUGCAAUGAUUGCUUCCUCCUCCCUUUUCUUAUCUGCAUUUAAUUUCUCUCUCCUUUCACUGCGAACUAAUAUUAUUUCCAUUUUCCCUCUUUCACUGGGGGAUCCCCACUUGAGUGGAGUGUUUCUCCAUCCUUUAGGCACCAAGAAUGAGGGGGAAGCAUAUCAAAGGCCAUACCUGGAGUGCUCAAGGCCAGGUAAGAAGACUUACAUUGUCGGUGAGUGUAGAAGCCUGACUGUUUAUGCUGAACCUUUGUUUACCCACAGCCAUGAUGGACUCCAACAAGAUGACCAUCAACUUGGCCCUCUUUGGCAUGACUCAAAGUGGAAAAAGUUCUGCUGGAAACAUUCUUCUGGGAAGCAAUGACUUCCACAGCAGCUUUGCUCCAUGUUCUGUGACCAAAGAUUGUAGUCUGGGCCGCAGUUGUCACCUCCGGGGCUUCAUGCGCCGAGGGGGACAAGAGAUAACCCUGCAGAUCCGGGUGUUGGAUACUCCAGGUUAUCCGCACAGCAAGUUGAGUGAGAAGCAUGUGAAACAGGAGGUCAGGGAGGCCCUGGCACAUCACUUCGGGCAAGAGGGUCUCCAUCUUGCACUGCUGGUCCAGAGAGCAGACGUGCCUCUCUGUGGACAGGAAGAAUCUUCCCCAGUCCAGAUGAUCCAGGAACUUCUGGGACAUGCCUGGAAGAAUUACACUGCCAUUCUUUUCACCCACGCAGAAAAAAUAGAAGAGGCUGGGUUCAACGAAGAUGAAUACUUACAUGAGGCCUCUGAUACACUGCUAACCCUACUAAAUUCUAUUCAGCACAGGUAUAUUUUCCAGUAUAAAAACCAAAACUCGCUUAAUGAACAAAGACUAAAAAUCUUAGAGAGAAUCAUAGAAUUUAUAAAAGAAAAUUGUUACCAAGUUAUUACUUUUAAAUAAAAUUUAGGUAAAAGGAAAAGGGCACUGGGUUUUACAGUCAGCAACCCAGUUUCAAAAAUGCCUGUUAGCAUGGCUA